ACAAUAAAGAUACCAUAAAAGUUAUGUACUGUUCAUAUCUUUGUAAGAGUGAUCAGCAGGGGAUCAGAUUCCUCACUGUGUAAAUACUGGACUCUGGAUUGCCUUCAAGUACCCUCGUUCGAGUACCACUCUAUAGUGCAUCGUGUAGACACUGUAACGCCACCGAAUAAACAGCAGUGGGCGCUGUGGGAUUAAAUUUAACUAGUCCUUUUCUACAUCGGCAGCCUGACAGCACAGUAUACAACCCACUAUACCUGUUUUGCAUGUUAUUGUUUGUUUAGACCAUACAUAGACACGUGUCAGGUAUGCAUUUUGCAUGUUUAUUCUUGCAAACACAGAUGAUACUUUAUACUUAAUACUUUUUUCCCUAAAAAGGUUGUCGUUGUUAGUUGAAACAGUCAAAAUGUAUAUAUUGUCACUAUCAUAUAGUUGUAUAUAAUUUCGGCAAUUAUAAUAAACUCCUAAAAGAACAAUUGAACGUUACACUUGCAGACAUGGGAUUACAGCGUUGGUAAAAAAAAUUUCCUAGACGUACCUAAACGCAACACGGCCCCAACAGUCAAUUUGAGCCAAUCCGAAGCGAGAAGAAGAUUUAAGUUACAGAUUACUGCCGAAGUGCCGACAGUUACAGUCCACCGUCUCUCUAUCUUGUCUUGUACGUCAUAGGUCGCACCUCCCCUCGGUGGUUGACACAUCUUUGGAGGAUCAACAAAGAGGGAAGGGCAGUUAAUUUGUUUUAAACUUUGUUUUUAUCAACAACAGCUACAACUAAACAAAACCUCCACAACAGGUUAGCAUUUUUGGCUAAUUGUUUUGCUGUUAAUAGUUACUUUGUUUUGCUAUUCUCCACCUCCUAAAUGAUUUUUUUGCAGCUGUGUUGUGUUUGACACACAAGUACUCCUUCAUUACAGAUUUGACACCAAAUGAGUCAGUCAGCAGCCCUGUCUCCCCAUAACUUUACCCCUCCCUGGCCCAGUGAAGAAGUUCUGCCAUUUUAAUGGAGUGAGACACUGCUGCGUUUUUGGAUCAACACAUCUUAGCGACGAAAAACAAUCAUCCCCUUUGCAUCCGCUCCCUGAUCAUCAUCAUCUUCAUCAAUGGAUGCGAUGGACACCUUACAGAGCUCUGCCCCAGAGACCAAAGCCGAGCGGAUCGCCCGCUACAAAGCCGAGAGGAGGAGGGAGCUGGCCGAGCGCUAUGGCACCACUGAGGAAUUUACCUCCAAAUAUGUCCGCAGUAGGGACAGGAAAAUUGCAGAUUCAUCCGAAACAAAGCUGAAGGAGAAAUAUGAGGAUAACGGGUCAGAGGAAAGGUACACAAGGAGAGGCCUGAAGAGUAAAGUCGAUAUCGACACUGAUAUUAAAGAUGAUUACGGAAUCGAGAAACUGAAGCACAACACUAAUUUAACUUCAAAAACAGAAGUUGAGCCUUCCAUCAAGACCGAUGUUAGGCGGCUGGCAGCUGAUGACAUAGACGGGUCAAAUGUUGACCAGAAGACUUCAGAUGCAAGGACUUACACUUCCAAGAUGUCUCUUUUAAAGGAUCAGGAUGAUAGAAGCAGCGCCAGGAGCAGAGUAAAGCCCCAGCCAAUCAGCGGUAAUGAAGAGGACGCGCCUGCAAGCAGCAAAGAAAUAGCAGACACUACAGAUGAACCUUCAGUGAAGGAGCAACAUGAACGUGAAGUUCGGGAAGAAAUAAAGGCCGCUUCACUCCAGCGGCAAGAUUCUGGGCCACGAGGCAUCAAGGGGAUCCUGAAGAAAAGCCGCUCCACCAGCGUGGAGUCCGACCAAAGUGAAGGCUCAACACACGACUGCACGCCGGUCCGACAAAGCAGCGUCACCCUCAGCCACCUCAAAAGCGAUGAGGAGGAGGAGGUUUAUGAGGAAGGGGACGAUCAGGGAGACUCGGAGAACGAUAAUGAGGAAAUCGACAGAGAUGACGAGUCGUUGCUUGACGAUAUCACGGACGGAGGGAAAUUUGGCAUCCAGAGGCUGCAGAGCGAGCGCAGCAGCAGUAGCAGUUGCAGCCGCGGGAGUUUGGAUGAAAUGCGAAGUCCCUCGCCGGAUGAGAGCCUGGAGAUGACCUCCACAGUGUCUGAGGACACUGAAGAGCUGGACAGUUUGGAUGGGAGCGUGGGUUCCUCUACCAAACAGAGACUAGCAGAGUUCAGCAGUGGUGACAACGAGAAGAAGGAAUGGACAAAGAAACUGAAGCCGUCUGAGGUGGUCCAGACAUCGCUAGCCGAUCGCUUCAGCCAGCUCCAUGACGCUGAGAAUGCCUGGAAGAAAAAGAAAUCCAGCGCGGAUACGACACCCAAGGUGUCGCUGGCUGAGAGGAUGAAGGUCCUGAAGGACAAGGAGGAGCAGUGGAAGAGUAAAGGCAAAGGAGCAGCCAACGAUUCCAUCCAGUUCACCGUAGCAGGACGCAUGGCCAAGAGAGGUCUAGUGACGGACGCAGGAAAGGAAGAGUCCCGUCUUACGCCGUUAAAGAAGUCAAACGCCACGCCUGUGAAGCCACACGAAGAAAUCUCCACUAGAACUGCUGUCAAAGUGGAAGGAGACAAGCGCCUGGACAAACUUGAGUCCUUCCUGGACAAACUUCACAGCAAAGGCGUUAGCAAGAGCAAGACGUCCACCAUUGAAGUGACGGCAGAGACUGAGAAAGAAGUCAUGACCUUGGAUGACGAAGAAACCUUCGGCAACUUCUAUAAGUUGAUCUCGCCCUCGGCUCUCCGGGACAUCAUCGUGACCGAGGAGGACCUGAGCCAGAUCCAAGCUGACACGCCCAAGCUCACCUCAGCCGUAGCUGAGCACAAGCGGGCGGUGAGGCCAAAUAGGAGGAACCAGGGAUCCAGGAAUCCUCUGAAAGCACUGGCUGCACGCGAUGAUAUCAGACAGGUGUACACCGAACAGAGGCUCAACAUCGCCACAGUGGAGACCAAGAGGAUUCAAGUGGAGCGGAUGGCCAAACAUUCCAACUUGGCUGACGUAGCCCUGGCAGGCCUGGCCAGCAAGGAGAACUUCCGCAAGGUCAACCUGCGCAGUGUCAAGUCCACCGAUGUUGUGACCAACAACAGCGCACUGCCCUUCAACAAGCUCAUGCUCAUACGCAUCAAAGGUCGGAGGCACGUGCAGGUGCGCCUGAUGGAGCCCACCUCCAAAUCCCUAAACAGCGGCGACUGUUUCCUCCUCAUCACGCCCAAACAUUGCUUCAUGUGGAGUGGCGAGUUUGCCAAUGUCAUUGAGAAGGCAAAGGCAUCAGAGAUGGCGUCCUUCGUCCAGGCCAAGAGGGAUCUUGGGUGCAAAGCCUCUCAAGUGACGGUGCUGGAGGAGGGCAUCAACGCAGACAGCAGAUGGGCCAAAGAGUUCUGGAGUCUGCUUGGAGGAAAGAGCCAAUAUAGAGGUGCAGGAGAGCCAGAGGAGGAUGAGCUGUAUGAGAGUGGGGUGUUAGACUCCAACGGGGUGUACAGACUCCAGGGAGACAAACUGGUGCCUCAUGAAGACGCUUGGGCCUCCAUCCCGAGUGUCUCCUUGCUGGACUCCAAAGAGGUUUUGGUGUUUGACUUUGGCAGUGAGGUAUAUGUGUGGCAUGGCAAAGAUGUGUCUUUGGGAGACAGAAAGGUUGCAGUCAAAUUGGGCAAACAGCUCUACAGUGGCAGCUAUGACUACAGCAAUUGCAGGGUUAACCCGUUAGAUGCCUCCUGUACUGAUAACAACAUACCACAGCAAGGGGAGGGCCGCCCAAGCUGGACUCUGUUUGGUCGUCUAUCAGAACACAACGAGACGUCCCUGUUCAGAGAGAAGUUCCUGGACUGGGCCGAGAGAAAGAAGGAAGAGGCAGUCAUAAGGGAGGAAGUCAAGAGCCCGGUCCACUCCAGUGUCCGCUCCUUUCCUGACCUGGACCUGCAGCCAUGUGAAGCCAGAGCACUGUUGGACAAUGAGCCAGAGCCGGUUAGAACCGUUCUGGAAGGGGUGGAUGUCCAGCGGGGGCACGGCGUGGUGAGGACUGAAGACGGCAGGCAGGCAGAGUUGGCUACAGUGGCCAUUGAGGCCUGGCACAUUAAGGAAUACGGUGAGGAGGAGGUGCCGAAGGAAAGCCUGGGACAGCUCCACGAAGGAGAUGCCUAUAUCAUCCGCUGGAAGUACUCCAUUACCACACUUGUGGGGAAGCGACAGAAACCAGGAGAGCUGACUGCCGGAGCUCCAGGGAGGGAGAGGACCGCUUGCUUCUUUUGGCAGGGCCUCCAGUCCAGCGUGAGCGAGAAGGGAACCUCAGCCCUUAAGACAGUGGAGCUGGGCAACUUCAGGGGCUCACAAGUUCUGGUGACGCAGGGGAAAGAGCCCCCUUGCUUCCUGCAGCUGUUCCAGGGCGGUUUGAUCAUCCACAAAGGCAGUCGAGACGACUCUGUCAAAAACUCUGGUUGGAGGUUGUUCUGCGUCCGCGGUGAAGCAGAAGUGGAGGCCAUGCUAGUGGAAGUGGACUGCCGCAGCGCCAGCCUGCGCUCGCGGGCCGUCCUCGUCCUGCUUCAUGCUCGGGAGGCACAUCUCUAUAUGUGGCGAGGCUGUAAAGCCCACGCCGGUGCCAGGCAGGUGGCUAAAAGGGCAGUGGACCAGCUCUGCCAGAGGUGUCCAUCUGAGUUGGAUCUGAAGAGCAGCAGCCGAGUGAAGGUCGAGGAAGUUGAGGAAGGAGCUGAGCCUGCAGAAUUCCUGAAGGUUCUUAGUGUGCAGGACAGGAAGUCCUACGACUGCAUGCUUCAAGAUCCCGGGAAGUACAAUUACACCCCCAGGCUGUUCCGCCUGAGUGCCAGUUCUGGUGUGUUCGAAGGGGAGGAGCGUCUGUAUCCCUCCAGAGUGACGGAGGGCAUCAUGGCCAUGCCUUUCCUCCAGGAGAACCUCUACUCUGCACAGCAGCCUGCAUUGUUCCUGCUGGAUAACCGCAUGGAGGUGUACCUCUGGCAGGGCUGGCAGCCCGAAGAGGAGCAGUGCACAGGCUCAGCAAAGAUGCGCUGGGACAAUGAGAGGAAGUGCGCAAUGGAGACGGCGCUGCAGUACUGCAAAGAAAAGAUCUCUCGGCGCCCUCCUCAGGCGUAUCUUGUCAUGGCAGGCUAUGAACCUCUCACCUUUACCAACAUCUUCCCAUACUGGAAGAAGGACCCCAGCAUUGCUUCAAAAACUGAGAGCUCCAAGAACAAGGUGACCUUAGUGAAGGAGGUGCUGUCCAAGCUUAGUAAGCUGCAGUACUCCAUCGAGGAGCUCACUAGUUCACCCCUUCCCGACGGAGUGGACCCUCUCCGCCUGGAGGAUUACCUCUCAGACCAGGACUUUAAGAAGCUUCUGGAGAUGAGUCGGGUGGAGUUCAAUGCGCUGCCCAACUGGAAGCAGAAGAACCUGAAGAAGUGCAAGGGGCUUUUUUAAUAAAACUUUCUAUACAGGCAAAAGAAUAGUGACCUCAUUUCUUUGUAAAACAACUGUACAAUUGUGUUGAUUUUGUUUUUAAUAGGCAUUUUGUAUUAAUUAUUCCUGGUGUUAUCCCAUUACUACGUGCAAUGUUGUUUCUUAUGUGGUAAAAUAGUUACAAUGUAUUAUGUAAUAAUAUGCAAUAUACUAUCACUUUAUUGUUUUUGUGCCAGAAUGUAUUAAAAAAAAAUGCCUGUGGUUUAAAA